AGUUGAGAAACGAGCCUUUGGAACGUGCGGUCUGUGCUGCGGUUUUCCGGUCGGGGGCAGAGUUCAACGUACAAAGGAUGCCGUUUGUCAUCAGCAGGUUCUUUAGUUCGGUUCAGUAGGAGAGUCACCUCUUCUACAGAUUGUGGUCAGAGGGCAGCCCUCAGUGAUACUUAGGGCUUUUGGUGUUUGAAUUCAAGUCGGCCAAGGGAGGCGAUGCUUAUAAGAUUAAAAUAAAAACGGCUGGUCAUCGUGGUUAGUGGCCAAAGUAUUGGGGUGUAGACUGUGGGGUGAGUGUCGGAAGGGGUGUCUGUGCAUUUCUUGCUCUCACGAGUGGGUCUUGCUGAUUAAAAUGAGAAUGCUUCUACUUUGUGUCAAGGACCCUGGGAGCACAGACUUCCGUGCAAGGAGAGGGAGUCUUGAGAAGGGAAAGUUGUAGCGAAGUUGUUGAAGGUUUUUUUGGGAGAGUCUUUGGGGGAGUUCUGAUUUGCUUCAAGAAGGUGGAACUCUGAGUUGAAGUAAAGAACUCUCGGAGUGGACAUGGUUUGAUAAGAGUGAAGCAUUUUCUCUUAAAUUUGACAGGUCUGAACGUGAGCAGGUCACUUCCCUGCGGGAAGGACAAGGUUCGCGACUGGGAAGUUUUAAACACAGUAUCUGUGGGUGAGAGGACAGAGCUGAGGCACAGACGUCAAACAGAAAUCUCCCCCCUAACCCCCAAAUAAUAGCUUAUUCAGGGAGCCAGGGAGCAUCAGGGCAACUUUACUAAACAUGGAAGUCCCAAUAAGAGCUUGUCCAGUCCAGCCAGGGGGAGUGAUGUCAUUGUCACAUGUUUCCCACUGAGGCAUAAAAGCUUGCUGGAUGCUGGUGCAAUUAAGAGCUAUGUUUAGACCAGAGCAGCUAACCUGGCUCGCUGGUCCCCAGCUGCAUUAACUUGUUGCUUUUCAAGCCGUCUCUGGAGGCUGUUGGUUCCUUCUGGCUGCAUCUGUGCCAGCUCUGAGUGGGGAAUCCCAAGGCUUCCUUGAGGAUGGAGGAAGUCCCAGGGCAGUGGGCAAUGCUAACGGACCCAGCGAUGACUCUGAAUAACGUCACCAUGCGCCAGGGCACUGUGGGCAUGCAGCCGCAGCAGCAGCGCUGGAGCAUCCCGGCCGAUGGCAGGCAUCUGAUGGUCCAGAAAGAGCCCCACCCGUACAGCCAGCGCAGCCGGCACUCUGCUGCCCCUGAGGACCACUGCCGCCGGAGCUGGUCCUCCGACUCCACAGACUCAGUCAUCUCCUCCGAGUCAGGGAACACCUACUACCGGGUGGUUCUCAUAGGGGAGCAGGGGGUGGGCAAGUCCACUCUGGCCAACAUCUUUGCGGGCGUGCAUGACAGCAUGGACAGCGACUGUGAAGUGCUGGGAGAAGAUACCUAUGAGCGGACACUGAUUGUUGAUGGAGAAAGUGCAACAAUUAUACUCCUGGACAUGUGGGAGAAUAAGGGGGAGAAUGAGUGGCUCCAAGACCACUGCAUGCAAGUCGGGGAUGCCUACCUGAUUGUCUACUCCAUCACGGACCGGGCUAGCUUCGAGAAGGCAUCUGAGCUGCGAAUCCAGCUCCGCAGGGCCCGGCAGACCGAGGACAUUCCUAUAAUUUUGGUUGGCAACAAAAGCGACUUGGUGCGGUGCCGGGAAGUGUCCGUAUCAGAAGGGAGAGCGUGUGCCGUGGUGUUCGACUGCAAGUUCAUCGAGACCUCCGCGGCCGUCCAGCACAACGUCCGGGAGCUGUUUGAGGGCAUCGUGCGGCAGGUCCGCCUCCGGCGGGACAGCAAGGAGAAGAAUGAGCGGCGGCUGGCCUACCAGAAGAGGAGGGAGAGCAUCCCCAGGAAGGCCAGGCGCUUCUGGGGCAAGAUCGUGGCCAAAAACAACAAGAAUAUGGCCUUCAAGCUCAAGUCCAAGUCCUGCCAUGACCUCUCUGUGCUCUAGGCGCCCGAGUCACCCAGAUGUCCCCAAUGGACAUCACUGAAGGCCGUUGGGACCAAUAAUCUAUAUUAGAUUGGAUUCUUAAGUAUUGUUAGAUGUGGCUGGGAAUUAACGUGGUCACCUGGUGGGCAACAUGCCGCAUGGGAAAUGAAAGGUCUUUGUAAAGAGUCAGUAUUUAUUUACAGGAAAAGCCUGACCUUUGCUACCCGAACACCCAAGACUCAUUCGAGGUCGUGGUUGGUGUUCACAUGUGGUUCCUCUCUCCUUUGGCUAGUAGAGAAUUGAGCCUACAAAAGAAUGCCUAGACAUUUUCGUUAUUAAAAUUUUGCCCAGGGUUUGGAUAUGUGGAUUGAGGCUAAUCAGUGGGUCAUAAACAAAUAUAGGAAAGCGGUCAAAGGAUUUUUUCCAAGGAGGCAGAACUCCUGUCUCUCUGCCUUAGAUUCGUGGAGCGAGGAUCAUAGAACUGGACUCAUCACGAUCGUGAUUCUUACUGCUCCAUGAAGCUGUGAGAAGAAAUGACGGACUUGCUGGAAAGGAAAGCUUAGCAAAACAAGUUUUGUUCAAUGCCCACAGUUGGGGAUCCUGAAAUUUGUAGAAUUGGGAACUGAUAUAUGUACCACUAAUGGGUUCAAAAAUUACAUCUUUACUACUGUGUCUUAACAAUUGUUUAUUUAAGGGCAAAAUUAUUUUCAUCAAAUUCUAUUUCGUCAGACCACCUUUUAUGUUUCAUUAUCUUUAAAAUCAUAGGGCCAUCAUAAAAAUAUCUUUAAAAUUGAAUUGUUGAGAACGUAGAGUGCAAAGUGCCAAAUUUUUAAGUAUAACUGAAGGUCUGGAUUUUUAUAAAACAGAAAACAUAAAUACUUACAGUUCUUUGGGUUGACCCUUGUCUGCCACAGCUCUGCUCUAUUUAUUAUUAUUUUGCAAAAUAACAACCGUUUUAACAUUUGAUAAAGCAUAUUUAUGAACAUGUUUCUUAAUAAGAAAAAUGCCCAUUUUAUUACCAUUUUCUAUCUUUUUCAGAAUAUGCAAGUUUUUACCUAUAUGUCUUAUAAUAAAAGAAAUAAAAUCGUUGGAAAAAAAGGCAUUUCUAAAUGUUUUUUCUCCCCAAACAAGAUGAUUGUGAUCAUUUUGAUAAUAGCUUUUAGAGCAAGCACAUUCUAAAGAAACAUAUCUAUUGUUUUAUGUCUUCUGUUCAUUGGCUACUGCCCCGUCAUGGUCAAGUUUUAGACUGUCCCUGACAUCCCUCCUUUGGAAUGUGAUUCACAAUAAUGCAAAGGGAGUUUUGGCUGAUACGGUUAGGAAGUAUUUGGGGUCAUGUAAAUGCUGAGUUCCAGUAAAAGUGAGAUGGACCUUUA